UAUUAAGACUUCAAAAAGUAUUGGUAGUAGCAGUAAAUCUGUAUCAGGCAGGCAUGGCUGCUAUUUCUAUUACUAUAAAGGCUACCUUUCACAUAGAAAAGGUGAGUCCUUUGAAAGUACCUGCAAGGGGAGUGUCUAAUUUGCAACAUGACUCCUUCCUCCUGAGCUGAUGUGUGGGCAGAAGGCGGGCUAUAAGUCACCUCGUAAACACUCAUUGUUCACAACACAGUUGAGAAGGAAAUCUACGGUUUACUUUCCUAAGAGAAGUUGUCUCUCUGCCUGCAGGUGGUAAAAAAUCUGGAUUGGCCUUGAGUUUCUUUACAACUUGGGUACUGGAGAUUUCUACUCCAGGCACAGAGGAGAUGAGCUGUACCAGGCGAAAAGGCUUCUUCAGGCAAGAAGUAAACAAGAUAAUUUGGGAACUUCCUAGACGAUAUACUGCUAUCAUCCCUGUAGGAUCUGGGGCUUAUGGCUCUGUCUGUUCUGCAAUUGAUAAGAAAACAGGAGACAAAGUAGCUAUCAAGAAGCUCUGUCGCCCAUUCCAGUCUGAGAUUUUUGCCAAACGAGCCUAUCGGGAACUCACACUGCUAAAACACAUGCAGCAUGAAAAUGUUAUUGGAUUACUUGAUGUCUUCACUUCAGCUACUUCCUUUGAUGGAUUCCAGGACUUUUACCUGGUGAUGCCAUACAUGCAAACGGAUUUACAAAAGAUAAUGGGACACCAAUUCAGUGAGGAAAAAAUUCAGUAUCUGAUCUACCAGGUUUUGAAAGGCUUGAAGUAUAUUCACUCUGCUGGAAUCAUUCACAGGGAUCUAAAGCCGGGAAAUUUAGCAGUGAAUGAAGACUGUGAAUUAAAGAUCUUGGAUUUUGGCUUAGCGAGGCAUACAGACACAGAGAUGACAGGCUAUGUUGUAACUCGUUGGUACAGAGCACCUGAAGUGAUUCUGAACUGGAUGCAUUACAACCAGACUGUGGACAUCUGGUCUGUUGGUUGUAUCAUGGCAGAAAUGUUGACUGGGAAAACUCUGUUUAAGGGUAAAGACUAUCUUGAUCAGCUCACCCAGAUCCUGAAAGUGACAGGAAGCCCUGGAGAAGAGUUUGUGCAAAAACUGGAAGACAAAGCGGCUAAAAACUACAUACAGACACUUCCUAAAAUUCCCAAAAUGGAUUUAUCUCUGCUUUUACCCAAAGCCAGUCCUCUAGCCGUGGACUUGCUCGACAAAAUGUUGCAGCUCGAUGUAGAAAAACGACUCACGGCAACCCAAGCUCUGGCCCAUUCCUACUUUGAUCCAUUCAGAGAUAUUGAGGAAGAGACAGAAGCCCAGCACUCCUAUGAUGAUUCCAUAGGAAGUACAAAGCUUUCAAUAAAUGAAUGGAGAAGGCAUAUUUACAGUGAAAUACUGACAUUCAGCCCAAUUGCUCGGAAAGAUUCGAAGAGGAGAAGUGGAAUGACCUUAUAGAUUCUUGUAUGUCUAGUGCUGAUCGACCUUUCCAAUGAUACACAACCAUCGGUGUUUUGAUCCUAAAGAAGAGUAAAUAUAAAUCAGGAUGAAAAAGGCCAUAUACAUAUAGCACAA